AUGCACCUCAACACCCCCGCUGACGAUGCGUUCUUUGCAUCGGCUGGUUCGUCGGCCACGAUUCGUCGUGGGGUGCUUGUGCAGCCGCAUGAACCCUCCAUCCCAGUAGAAGCCCCAUUGCUGCCCCCCGUUGAGGAAGUGGAGUUAGGGCAUGAGAGCAAUGAGGAGGAGGCGGGUAAUGUGGAGGAUGUAGUGUUCGUGGAUGCGGAGGCAUAUUUCGGGCACGAAGAGACCCUCGUGAAGCACCCGGAUUUUGAUGUCACACAGUUAGAGCAGUGGAAUGGGCAGCAUGCAGUGGAGAAGUAUGCGUGCGAGCAGUUUGGCAUCGAGAAGAUACAGUUUAAGACGGUGAUAGUGCGAGUGCCUGGUUGGCACUGUGCUAUGCCAUCAUGUGCUAUGCCAUCAGGUGCUAUGCCAUCAUGUGCUAUGCCAUCACGUGCCAUGCCAUCAUGUCCUCCUUGCCAUCGUGUGCUAUGCCAACGUGCUAUGCCAUCAUGUGCUAUGCCAUCGUGUGCUAAACCAUCAUGUGCUAUUCCAUCAUUUGCUAUGCCAUCAUGUGCUAUGCCAUCAUGUGCUAUGCCAUCAUGUGCUAUGCCAUCAUGUGCUAUGCCAUCAUGUGCUAUGCCAUCAUCUAUGCCAUCAUGUGCUACGCCAUCAUAUGCUAUGCCAUCAUGUGCUCUUCCAUCAUUUGCUGUGCCAUCAUGUGCUAUCCAUCAUUUGCUAUGCCAUCAUUUGCUAUGCCAUCAUGUGAUAUGCCAUCACGUGCUAUGCCAUCAUGUGAUAUGCCAUCAUGUGCUGUGCCAUCAUGUGUUAUGCCAUCAUGUGCUAUGCCCCCAUGUGCUAUGCCCCCCUGUGCUAUGCCCCCCUGUGCUAUGCCCCCCUGUGCUAUGCCUCCCUGUGCUAUGCUGCCCUGUGCUAUGCCCCCCUGUGCUAUGCCCCCCUGUGCUCUGCCCCCCUGUGCUCUGCCCCCUUGUGCUCUGCCCCCCUGUGCUCUUCCCCCUUGUGCUAUGCCCCCCUGUGCUCUGCCCCCCUGUGCUAUGCCCCCCUGUGCUCUGCCCCCCUGUGCUAUGCCCACCUGUGCUCUCCCCCCCUGUGCUCUGCCCCCCAUGUGCUCUGCCCCCCUGUGCUAUGCCCCCCUAUGCUAUGCCCCACUGUGCUCUGCCCCCCUGUGCUCUGCCCCCCUGUGCUAUGUGUUAA